CAAUCUCAGAUUGCGCAUAUAUUUAUCUGUCAAAAAAUAUAUCGUUUCCGCGAAGCCAACCCUGGCCUAUAAACGUCAUUUGCAUGCGUUGUGUUGUUUUGUUUUGGCUUCCGCCACAACUGAACGUGUUAAUCCGUAAGCAGCUUCAUUUUCCAGCCAUGAGUGAUUAUUUAUCAAACAACGAUCAUAAUUACAACCGGCGUCUUCGGCGAAACCGUCGGUGGUGGAUGCGACCAGUUUUCUUCCGCAGAAGACAGGAUGGAAAUCGUCUGUUGGACGACAUCAAGGCCGAAAUGGUAAACGAUACGAUAAAAAAUUUUAUGCGGAUGAAACACGAAGAUUUCGAUCGUCUUUAUGCCUUGGUCGGUCCAGAAAUAAGCCGCAUGGAUACAAAUAUGCGAGAAGCGAUCACGGCCCAAGAAAGGCUUUUAAUAACAUUGCGGUAUUUGGCAACGGGGGAGACAUUUGCAAGCUUGCAAUACUUGUUUCGGGUUUCUAAAUCAUCGAUUGCCAAAAUUGUAAAGGAUGUGUGUGCUUGUUUAAAUAAACAUUUGCGGAGCUAUGUAAAGAUGCCGUCCACAGCAGAAGAAUGGAAGGAGAAAUCAAAAAAGUUUGAACAAAGGUGGAAUUUUCCGCAUGCAAUUGGGUCCAUUGAUGGCAAACACGUACAAGUGGAAAAGCCUAGUAAUAGUGGAUCAGAGUAUUACAACUAUCAACAUUAUUUCAGCAUUGUUUUACUUGCGGUAGUAGAUGCCGAUUACAACUUGUUACAUGCAGAUAUUGGAGGAAAAGGUGGAAUAUCUGACGGAGGUGUAUUUAAAAACACACGCUUAUACCAGAGGCUGGAAAACAACAGUUUGAAUGUACCGGAACCUGAACCACUGCGAGUUCCAUAUGCAAUGCGAGUACCUUACUUUCUUUUAGGCGAUAAAGCGUUUGCUUUUACCAGGUACUGCAUUCGACCAUUUGGAGGCAUGCAUGCGGAAGGGACAAUUGAAAGAGUUUUCAACAAACGUCACUCUCGUGCUCGAAUGAUCGUUGAAAAUGUGUUCGGGAUUUUAGCCAACCGUUUCCGCAUUUAUAAAAGCCCGAUUCUGCUAGAGCCAGAAGAUGCUAAAACGGUUAUUAUGACAACAAUAUAUCUCCAUAAUUUUCUUCGACAGAGUGCUUCACGCAAUACAUACACUCGCCCUUCAUCUUUUGACAGGGUCGUCAAUGGGCGUUUUGUAGAAGGCGAGAGAGCUCCAGCUACAAUGAGCGGACUACAAGGCAUACCCUGUCGCACGCCAAACGACUUGUUGAAUAUACGUUUACACAUUGCACAUGAUCUUAAGUAUAAUAACCAACUUAAUCAUUAAUGCAAUACAACUCUUUGUAUGUGUCAAUUAUUAAGCUAAUUAGUAGUUAUUAAAUCGUAGAAUGUGCGUAGAUUACAUGCAAUUAUACAUUAUAUGAAUAAUAUGCUAACCCACAUCGUCGUUA